AUGGCCACCAUUCUUCCGCCCCCGAGUAAACGACAGCGCACCGAGGCGGCAGAAAGAUCCCGGGCGCAGCAGGACGUUGAGGAGGUUCCGAGUGAUGCAGGAAGUCUGCGACUACAGUUUUUUGAUGAGACGACUGGGAUACCAAUCGGCCAAGGCCCUGUUUUGGUUCCAGUCGCAGAUGCAACGCCCAAGAACCUCGAACUGCUACUGAACACGCUGCAAGGCCAUGACUCUUCGGAAUAUAUCCCAUAUCGAUUUACGCUUCCAGUCCCAACCAAAACAAGCUCGGAUCCGAUCACGACUGCGUUUCCCACAAACGUAUGGAAGGCUCUGAUAAAUCCCGGUCUGAUCAGCACGGAAGAGGUCCAGAAUAUAUCUGCAGCACCUCAGGCUGUAUUUAGAGUACAGGCGGUGUCGAGAUGUGCUUCGACAAUUCCUGGGCAUGGAGAAGCGAUUCUUGCGACGCAGUUCUCGCCAAAGUCUUCGUCACGAAUGGUCAGCGGCAGUGGAGACAAUACGGCCAGGGUUUGGGAUUGUGAUACAGGAACUCCGGUACAUACUUUGAAAGGACACACGAGUUGGGUUUUGGCGGUAAGCUGGUCACCAGAUGAUUCCAGAAUAGCUACGGGCAGUAUGGAUAACACGGUUCGGAUGUGGGAUCCAAAAACCGGAAAGCAGUUGGGAAAUCCGAUGAAGGGCCACACGAAAUGGGUCACGAGUCUUGCUUGGGAGCCAUACCAUAUUCAAAAACCCGGGGAGCCAAGACUAGCGUCUGCCUCGAAAGACGCGACUGUUAGGAUAUGGUCAACAAAUCAACAGACAAUUGAGAUAGUAUUGAGCGGGCACAAAGGAUCGGUAUCAUGUGUGAAGUGGGGAGGAGUAGGUCUCAUUUAUACUGGUUCACAUGACAAGACUGUGAAAGUCUGGAAUGCGAAAGACGGAACACUUGCUCACUCUCUCAACGCGCAUGCUCACUGGGUCAACCACCUCGCAUUGUCAACAGAUUUUGUAAUUCGAACAGCAUUCCAUGAUCAUACUGGCAAGAUUCCCGAGUCCGAAGAAGAAAAGGUCGAAAAGGCCAGAGAGAGAUUCCUGAAAGCGGCAAAGAUACAAGGCGAAGUUGUUGAAAGAUUAGUCUCUGCGAGCGAUGACUUCACAAUGUAUUUGUGGGAGCCUUCGAAAGGGACAAAGCCCGUAGCUCGAAUGAUGGGACAUCAGAAACAAGUCAACCACGUUACCUUCUCGCCUGAUUGCCUAUUGGUAGCAUCAUCUUCCUUCGAUAAUCACACCAAGAUUUGGAACGCAAGAGAUGGGAAGUUUAUCAAUACUUUGAGAGGUCAUGUGGCGCCAGUAUAUCAGUGUGCUUUCAGUCCGGACUCGAGACUGUUAGUGACGGGAAGCAAAGAUACGACGUUGAAGGUUUGGGAUAUGCGGACACACAAAUUAUCUGUUGAUCUCCCGGGGCACAAGGACGAAGUUUACGCUGUAGAUUGGAGUCCAGAUGGGCAAAAGGUUGGUAGUGGAGGAAAAGAUAAAGCUGUACGUAUCUGGAGACAUUAG